CAAGUACAUUUCACAUUCGACGCAUAAUCUCAGCUCAGCUUUGAGAGCAUAAAUAAGGUACGGUACUCUGUCUCCGAUCCUAGGGUUUCGUCUUUCUUUACUUCUUUCUCCUACGUUACUCUCAACAUAUACCAACACUUAGGGUUUGAAUUUUGUGUUUUUUGAUAUAAAUUAGCUUUAUUCAUAGUUAAUUGUUACUGAUCUGAUCUGAUUACACUACACUCUGAAAUAUGAAAGAACAAACGGAUGAUCUGUUGUUGAAUGUUAAGAAGUCUACUGUCACUGUUGAUUCUACUUCAACUGAUGUGAAAAUUGAUGAUGUGAUGGUAGAUGUUGUCAGUGAUGUGAGUGUUGAUGAUCAUGGUGUUAGUAGGGUUGAUUUGGAGGGAUCCGAGAGAAAAACAGUGACUCACGAUAAGGUUACGGAAGAUAGUGAUGAUCGGGUUGUAAAUUUGGAGAAAGUUGAGGUGGUGGUGAGUGAGGAGGGUGUGAAGGGAAGUGUAGAGGUUGUUCGAGAGAAUGUGGAGACUGCGAACGGGUCGGAUUGUGACGAUCAGAAGCCUGGAAAUGGGUCGGUUAAUGGAGAUUCUAAAGUGGUUUUUGAAUCGUCAAGUAAAGAGGUUGAAGCUGGUGGAGGAGACGUUGAGGUGAGGGAAUUGGUUGUGGUAGUGGCUGAUGGAGAUCAUGUGGUGGAAGAGAAAACUCAAAAGGAGACCGAGGUUUUAGAUUCUUUAAAGAUUCCGGAGUCAACAGAGAAUGAAGAUGGAGUUGACCAAACAAACAUAGAGAGUUUACAGGCAACAGUUGAAGCUACAACAAAUGAUGCUAAAAAAUCUGGAAAUGGUGAUUCCAAAGUGGCUGUUGAGAUUCAAGAUUCCAGAAAGAUUCCGGAGUCUGAAGAUUCCAAGAUGGAUGAUGAAAAUGUUGUUGAAAAUUUGGAUCAGAAAGCUGAAGUUAAACAAAUGAGCAAAGACGAAAGUUCACAACCAACAAUAGAAGUUAGAACAGAUAGUGUUUCUGAAGAUUCUAAGAUGGAUGAUAAAUCUCAAAUUUUUGAAGGAGAAAUUGCAGUAAAAGAUAUAAAGGAGGAUUCGGAAAGAAGCUUGACGAAGGAGACCGCUGAACAACCUACAAGGUCGGUUGAAGAAGUGGCUGAAGGAGAUCAUGUGAUGGAUGUUAAGACUGUAAAUUCAUCAAAGAUUUCACAUGCAGUUACUAUGGCUAGUCUUGGAUUAGAGGACGAUGAUGUGGUGGUUGUAGAUGAGGUUUUAGAAGGGAAAAAGGAAGCUCGAGAUAGUGUUUCUGUGGAACUGAGUUUGGCUUGUCCUGAUUGUCAAAGUUUAUCAGCUGAGGUAGUUAAUGCAGGAACAUGUGAAGUUGACCAGAAAGUUGAAGUUGACUCAACAAUAGUAAAUGAUGAAGUUGCUGCAUGCAGUAAAGCUGAUGAUGUGACAACUACUCAUACGGAACCGGAUUCCCAUGUGCAAGUUUUUACUGACGGUGGGAUUUUGAUCGAAAAUCAGAGCAUGAAGGACAAUGAUGUGGUAGAUAGCUCUAAACCUGAUGAAGUUGCAUACACUGAACCAGAAUCCUCUAUCGAUAAGAUGACACCUAGCUUUGCUAAUAAAGUUGUAGAAACAGACAUGAAGCCUGCAACUAUUGGUGGUGAUUUAAAUAAUAUUCAAGAACAUCAAGAUUCCGCAGUAGGAGUUCCAAGCACCGGUGAGCCCCAAACUUAUGACACACAUGUUGUUUUACCUGCAAACACAGAGUUUUCAUAUGAAGAAGCUCAGAUGGAUAGAGGAGAGGAUGCAGGGAUGGACAUUGAUGAAGUACUCGCAUGGAAAGAUGAAAUACCAUCUGUACAAGAAGACGAGCAAAAGGCGGACCCCACUAAUCUUUCACAUGUUGAAAAGCAAGAAACAGAAUCAAGUAGAAUACAAGGUAUAGACAAAUCUGCAAGUGUAAACUCGUUUGAGCCCGAUAAACUUGUGGACUAUGUGAGACUGCUUGCAACGGUUCAAUAUGGUGAAGGUGAUAAAACGGAACUCACAAUGGCUAAGGCUCAGUUAUCAUCGUAUGAUCGGUUUAAAGGGCAUCGUCAACUGGCCGAGUUUCAGUUAUUUGGAGAUUUGUUGGAAGCUGAACAAGUAAUUAAAGAUGAAACAUAUUCCGAAGAUGGUUCGAAAAAACGAAAGGCUCUUGAUUUCAUAUCUGAUGGUUUAGAGAAACGACCGACUCUGCAUACAGAAACAGUGGCGGCUGAUCACUUAGCCGGAAACAAUGUUUCUGUUCAAAAUCCGGGACCCACCCAAAUGGGCAAUGAAGCAGAUAUGCUAUCACAACUUCACUUGGCUGCACAGGAUCCAAUGAAGGGACACAAUUUUGUAAAUACCAUAAUCCCGCUUUUUAAAGGUCACCGAGCAGCUGUUUUGAGCAAGUCUAGGAAGCGAAAAACAUCAAAUGAAAACGAAUCUGACGAGUUUGAAUUUGUUGAUGUUAAUGAUUCUUAUUGGACGGACAGGAUCAUUCAGAACCAUCCUGAAGAGCAGGCGCUGCAAGAGAAUCUGAAUGGAGGUGGAGUGCAUCAAAUGGUGGCUUAUGAACAAGAAAAACCACCUGUGAAACCGGCGCGUAGAUCAAACAAAAAACGUUUUUUUAGUAGUAACCAUGAACUAGAGGCGAAUGAACAAUCAGAGCUCAUAAAGAGGAGGCAGCAAAAUUUGGCAACAGAAGUUUUGAUGAGGUUUGCAGAUGGAAGUUACUUCCCUUCAGAAAUACAUUUAAAUAAAAUGUUUAGACGGUUCGGGCCGUUAAUGGAGUCAGAAACCGAAGUCGAUAGGCAGAGUGGUCGGGCUCGAGUGGUGUUUAAAAAGUGUUCUGAUGCGGAAAUUGCCCAUAGUAGUGCUGGAACAUUUAACAUUUUUGGUUCCAUCGGUGUUCAUUAUGAGCUUAAUUACACACCAUUGAUCUCAUAUAAGCCAUUACCCCUGCCAUUGACACAAGGACAAGAUCAACCACAUGCACGCUGAUGAAAACAAGAUAUACAACGACCCGUGCUCGUUAACCAGGGCUAUGAGUGUACUGUUGUAUGAGUAUCCUAUAAAGAUUCAACCGGUGAUGAGAGUUAUCAUGUCUAUGGCUUAUCUCUUCUUGUGAGCAGCUGUUACUUUAAGGAACUCUUUGAUUUUUUUGAGGUUUUGCCCAUAACAAAAGUCUGCAUCUUCUGGAGCUACAAUGAAAGGCAAGUAUUUGUAUUUGUACCAAUGUAACUUGUUUAUGUUUGAAAGCCUGCCUCAACGAAUUACCGAGGCCAAACUUUAUUCUAGAUUAGUUUUAGCAUGAGUUGUUAUCUUUAUAACUAUUUUUAUCGCGAGUUUGCUAAAGCGCGUGUGGUUCCUGUUCAAGUAGAUUGUAUUUUGCGCAGUAA